GGCAGGGAACAGAAGGAUCGGGAACUUGGGCAGCUUUGGGACCGCCGGGAGGGUUUGGGCUCAUCGGGAAUCUCCGGGGUCCCCGAGGGGGUUCGGGACCGCCGGGAGCCCCCCGGGACCGAUCCCGGGAUGCGGCGGAGCUGAGCGAGGCCGCGCCCCCCCAGGAUGAAGCCCCCCCCCGGCUGCCGCCGCCUCUCCCCCCUCGGGGCCGCCCUGGGCGCCUUCAUCACCCUCAGCUUCACCCUGGGGCUGCUGGGGGGGCCCUUCCGCCACAGGGCGGCGCCGUCCCCGCCGUGCCGGCCCCGUUCCCACCUGGUGUUCCUGAAGACGCACAAGACGGGCGGCAGCAGCGUGCUGAACCUGCUGGCGCGGUUCGGCGAGGCCCGGCGCCUGCGCUUCGCGCUCCCGCGGCGCUACCAGUUCGGCUACCCCGCGGCCUUCCGCGCCGAGCGCGUGCGCGGCUUCGGGCCCGGCGCCGGGAAAUUCGACAUCAUCUGCCACCACAUGCGCUUCAACCUCAGCGAGGUGCAGCGCGUGAUGCCCAACGACUCGUUCUACUUCUCCAUCGUGCGGGACCCCGCGCUGGCGGCCGAGUCGGCCUUCUCGUACUUCCGCGCGGCGGCGCCGGCGUUCCGCAGCGCGCCGUCCCUGGCCGCGUUCCUGGCGGCGCCCUGGCGCUACUUCCGCGCGGGGCUGCGCGGCAACCACUACGCGCGGAACCUGCAGUGGUUCGACUUCGGCCUGCCCGAGCCGGCGCACCCGGCGCAGGUCCCGGCCCUGCUGGCGGAGCUGGGCCGCGUUUUCCCGCUGGUGCUGCUGGCCGAGCGCUUCGACGAGUCGCUGGUGCUGCUGCGGCACCGCCUGUGCUGGCCGCGGGACGCCGUGGAUCUGUUCCCUCACAACUCGCGCGGCUCCUCCGCCCGGAACCUCUCGGCCGAGCAGCUGCGGCGGCUGCGGGCGUGGAACUCGCUGGAUUGGGCGCUUUACUCGCACUUCAACCGCAGCUUCUGGCGGGAGGCCGAGCGCUUCGGGCUGGAGCGGCUGCGGAGCGAGGCGGCCGAGCUGCGGCGGCGCCGCGGGGCCCUGGCCGGGCGCUGCCUGCGGGGCGGGGGCCCCGUGCCCGCCGCGGAGAUCGCGGAGCGCGGCCUGCGCCCCUUCCAGCCGCCCGGCGCCGGCGCCAUCCUGGGCUUCGCGCUGCGCCCGGGGCUGCGCGGCGAGGAGCGGGAGCUGUGCCGGCGCCUGGCCAUGCCCGAGCUGCCCUACAAGGACCUGCUCGACAGCAUCCAGUUCGGGGACAAAACCAACAGUUCUGGGUAA